UUUAAAAACUUUCCACUGUUGCCCUAGCUCAUCCUCUGGCUGAGAGAGGUAGAAAGCAUUGCACUUUAGCAGGCUGGCCUGAGGCAUUAUCUGUCCUUCAGUCUCUUGGGUAAAGGGAGAAGGGGUAACUUUCAAUAGUACAUGAACUUAUCAAACCAAAGCAGCUCUUCUUAUAUUCCAAGGCCAGAAGGGACCAUUGUGGUCAUCUUGUCUGACCUUGUGUAGAACACAGGCCAUAGAACUUCCCCAAAAUAAUACCUAGAGCAGAUGUUUUAGAAAAACAUCCAAUCUUGAUUUAAAAAUUGUCCAUGGUGGAGAAUCCACCAUGAACCUUGGUAAAUUGUUCCAAUGGUUAAUUAUCCUCCUUGGUUUAAAAUAAAAGUGUCUUAUUUGCAGUCUGAAUUAGUCUAGCUUCAGCUUCCAGCAUUGAAUUGUGUUACACCUUCCUCUGCUAGAUUGAAGAGCCCAUUAUUAAAUAUUUGUUCCCUAUGUACAUACAGUACUUAUAGACUGUAGCCAAGUCACCUAUUAACUCCCUCUUUGUUUAGCUAAGUAGACUCAAGAAGCUCAAUCGGUCACUAUAAGGCAGGUUUUCUAAUACUUUAAUCGUCCUCAUAGCUCUUCCUGGAACCCUCUCCAAUUUAUCAACAUCCUCCUUGAAUUUUGGACACCAGAACUGGACACAGUAUUCCACCAGUGGUUGCACCAGUGCCAAAUACAGAGGAGAAAACCUCUCUGCUCCUACUCGAGGUUCUCCUAUUUAUGUAUCCAUGAAUUUCAUUAGCCCUUUUGGUCACAGCAUUGCAUUGGGAGCUCAUGUUCAGCUGAUUAUCCACCAUGUCCCUCCACAUCUUAUUCUGAGUGACUGCUUCCCUGGAGAGAGUUUCCCAUCUUAAAUGACGAGCACUCACAACUCACAUUGAAGUCAACAUCUUUGGGUCAAGUAUGCCCUCAAUCACAGCCUUGCAAUCUCGGUGACUUCAGAGGGACUGUUUACCCAUCUGUCAAACGGGUAUAAUAUUUAUAGCUGCGCUCAAGGUGGUGAAGAGAAGGUGAAAGGAAGAGAAGGUGGAGAUGGAACUGCCAAAUCAUGCCAAACAACUGCUACUGCAGCUGAACCAGCAACGAGCCAAAGGUUUCCUCUGUGAUGUGAUUAUUGUGGUAGAAAAUGCCCUGUUUCGUGCCCACAAGAACAUCCUUGCAGCCAGCAGCAUGUAUUUCAAAUCCCUCGUCCUGCAUGACAACCUGAUUAACUUAGACACGGACAUGGUGAACCCCACCGUGUUCCGACAGAUCUUGGACUUUAUUUAUACUGGGAAGCUCUUAACGACUGACCAGCCCGGUGAACAGAACUUUAAUGCUCUCCUCACCGCAGCAAGCUACCUCCAACUGCACGACCUGGCAGCUCUCUGCAGGAAGAAACUGAAGCGGAAUGGGAGGUCUUUCGCUGGCAGGGCCGGCGGCCCCAGUGUCGGGAGACCCCCCAGGAGUCAGAGGCUUUCUACCACUUCAGUCAUCCAAACUCGUUAUUCAGGGUCAACUGAGGGGAUGAAGGGCUCGCACUCAAAAGAGCUGCCAAAGGGAAAGGUCUCUGACGAUGAGAUCUUCAUCAGCAGCUCUAACCAAGAGAACUCUCACUCCUUAAGCAGGGGAGCCAACAAGAACGGCGGCAGUGCAAAUGGAAGCAGCGGCGACCAGGAGCUCGGCCUCGACCUGUCCAAAAAAAGCCCGUCGCUCCCCACGGCAGCCUCCCAGGACGACACACAGCACAGCGAAAGCCAGCACGGCUCUCCCCAAUCUGCCUCAGCCCCCGCAGCCAACAGUGCCUCAUCAUUUGACGAGUCUGCAGCCGGAGCCCCCCAGAGCGCAGCAGACAGCAGCGAGCCCAUGGAGAUGGACAUGAACGAGGAGAGCCACUCCCUGGCGGAGAGCGGCCAGCGCAAGAGCCUCCGGCACUCGGCGCGCAAGAAGGAGUGGAUAAAGAAAGACAAUGCUUUUGACCGGAAAGAGGGGGGCAAAGGUGGUGAGGAAAGCGAGGGGCUGCCCAAUGGCAUCCUGGUGGGUCCCUUGUCCAAGUCGGCCGAGCGGAACCUGAGCAACGCCUAUGGCCCGGAGCAGGCGUUCCAGUGCAAAGAGGAGAUAGAAAACGGCAAGGAGAUGAGCGAUGACAGUGGACAGAGCGAGUGUGAGAGUGGGGGGCACACCAGCGCCAACUACGUCUACCGGCAGGAGGGGUUUGAGCCUGUGGCCUACGGUGACAACCUGUAUGUCUGCAUCCCCUGCGGCAAGGGCUUUCCCAGCUCCGAGCAGCUCAACGCCCACGUGGAGACGCACACCGAGGAAGACCUCUACAUCAAGGAGGAAGGCACGUACGGUGGCAAGGAGGAAGCUGAAGAUUUGUCCAACCCUAACCAGCCCUACGCUGCAGAAUCCCGGCCCUUUAAGUGUUCAGUAUGUGAGAAGAGCUACAAGGAUCCAGCCACUCUGCGGCAGCAUGAGAAGACUCACUGGCUGACACGGCCCUUCCCUUGCAACAUCUGCGGCAAGAUGUUCACACAGCGGGGCACCAUGACACGGCACAUGCGCAGCCAUUUAGGGCUCAAGCCCUUUGCUUGCGAGGAAUGCGGGAUGCGCUUUACCCGGCAGUACCGACUGACAGAGCAUAUGCGUGUCCACUCAGGAGAAAAACCCUACGAAUGUCAACUGUGUGGUGGGAAAUUCACCCAGCAGCGCAAUCUGAUCAGCCACCUGCGAAUGCAUACCUCUCCCACAUAAGCCAAAGACUCCAGAAUGAGCUUCGAGCCCAUCCGCAGUGAUUUACCUUUCUGUAGACUUGCUGCUUAAGAGGGCAACUCCCUUCCUCUGUUCAGUCAUGGGCGGCCUAAACAAACGUAGCUUUAAGAUUUUUUUUUUUAAUUAAAGACAAAGAAAUGUAGGUCCACAGCCAAGCUGAUGCCCUUCUCAAAUCAUUCCCCACCCCUCCCUUUCUAAAUCUCAAUGGUGUGGCAAGAAAUGCCAUUUAUUUUUGUGGGUGUUGACUUGGCCUCUCUUUUGAUCCCUCCACCCAGGUAGCAGGAGUGAGGUCUCCUGCCUGUUGGAUGGUAAGUGGGAAUGAGAGAAAUUCCAUCUGAUCAAUUAGGGCUGUACCAACUCUUUAUUUUCCCCCCUCUCUUCCUUGGCACUCCUGUAGUGCUUUAUAGACAUUGAUCAAGUGUUAUUUCCUGCACUAACGAAAAGUGCAAGUGGAACCUGUCCUCCACUGGCUACUCUGUGGGCUUUGCCUUUCCUUUUGCGUUCAUGUUACAUUACUAAUGUCCCUACAGCCAGAUUCAAUAAGGGCAUUUCUUGCCACUCCUUAAAAAAAUGAACCCCAUUUUCUAACAGCCCAAGUGGCUACAAAACCACAAAGCAUUGCUUUUGCUGUACCCAGUGCAGAAGCUGUGGACUGACUGUAACAGGGUUGGUAGCCCAUUUAAAUUCUGUGGGAAGCUGUGAUGGGAGUUGUCAUCCUUCCCCAUGAGGUGGAGAUGGCUAAAGCAGUCUACCUAGGUGUGUGCCAAGUAGUAUUUCAGUUAAGGAAAUGGCAACACAUUUUUUUUCUUUUGGGUUUAGUCUUUAAUCUUGGCAUACCUAACCACAUGCCUCACCCCUCCUUUCCACCUCUGCAGCCUUACCCAUGACUGAACAGGGGUGUGGAUGCCCUGGAAAUUUCUUUCAGUGAGCAGGGGGUAGUCUUUACUUUUCUAGUAGUUUCGUAUGAAUAUUCUUUGCUUAGAGGUACUUGUUUUAUUAAAGGAAAAACCAUUGUAAUGUUUAUGUGAAUGUUUGAACUGGAAGGUCUGAGGUUAAUUCUUGGGGUGGGUGGGGUAGGGA